UGCGAGUGCCGACAUGUGCAGCAGCAACACCGCGAACAUUCAUUAAUCAUCUACCAACAAUCCCAUCACUCGAGCAUCGCCCAUCCGCACCGGUUCAAUCAAAUUGCCAGGCUAAGCUCUGGGACGCCACAUCGCAGCAAGAUAUAAAGAACCUAUCGUGGACUGCCUCCACACCUUCGUUGAUACAGCUCACAUCCGCUCUACUGAACACACCACCACACCUUCAACAUGUCCACCGACCUCGACCAGCUCGUCGACAUGGGCUUUGAUCGCCAAAAGUCCGAAAUUGCGCUCAAAAAGGGUGGCAACCUCCCCUCCGCAAUCGACUGGCUAGACAAGAACGCCGACAAAUCGCUCGAAGACAUCCAAGAAGAAGCCGCAGCCGCCGCCGGGGACGCCGCCGAUCCCGCCGCGCAAGCCAUGAGCAUGGUGUGCAAUGACUGCGGCCGCAAGCUCCGCAACAUGGCCGCCGCCCAAUUCCACGCGGAAAAGACAGGCCACGACGACUUCUCCGAGUCUACCGAAGAGCUCGCUCCUCUUACGGAGGAAGAGAAGAAGCAGAAGCUCGAGGAGCUGAGGGUGAAGCUGGCGGAGAAGCGGGCACGGCAGGCGGAGGAGGAUAAGGAGAACACGAAGCGGAAUGAGGCGAUUAAGAAGAAGCACACGCGCGAGUCGGAGGAUGCGAAGGAGGAGUUGAGGCGGAAGGAGCAGAUCAAGGAGGCGCAGAAGAAGAGGCAGGAGAAGGCGGACGAUGUGGCGGCGAAGAAGGCGAUCCAGGCUAAGAUUGCGGCGGACAAGGAGGCGCGGAAACGGAAGGCGGAUGAGGAGAAGGCCAUGCGCGCCAACCCGGCGGCGUUUAAUCCGGGGGCGCCUACUGAGCAGACGAGUACACCUGCAACGGCGGCGGCGGCGGCUCCGAAAGUCUCCGCGAACCAUGCCGAGGCGAGACUGAGGUUGCAGACGGCGAGUAGGAAUGUGAUGAAGACUUUCCCGGCGGAGACGACGCUGUUUGAGGUCGCGCAUGCGUUGGCGGAGAAUGGGGGCACGGAGGCGACGAGUUUCACGCAGAAUUUUCCGAAGAAGGUGUGGGAUCAGUCGGAUUUUGGAUUGACGUUGAAGGAGGCUGGGUUGGUGCCUAGUGCGGCGUUGAUUGUGGGGUAGAGAAGGAUUCCUUUGUGGCGGCGUGAAGUGGUGGAGGUCUUGUUUUCAGCGUGGCGUUGGUGGUUGAAGGAUGAAUGGGUGCGACCGCGAAGAGCGACAACGCCUUUGGAGGCAUAGCGGCGAACCGCGUGGGAGGCAAG